GGAACACAGAGACAGGAAACAGGCCGUUACUCAUAAGUGACUCCGCUAUUUAGGUGACACCAUAAUUGAGCGCGAGACGGGUGCUACGACGCGGUGCUUUUGCGAAAGACAUACUUUGGUGCAGUCCACCUCAAGUUCAGGUGAAGUAAGCGUGAAUAUGAUGAUCCUUCUGACGUCCGUCUUGGCUUCGAUUCUGUGGAUCGCCUUUUACAUUCUGAACGAGUGGCUCCUGCGAUGGCGUGCGCCUCCUGGCAGCGAGCUGCCACCGAUGCCACCAACGACCAGUAUCCGAGGACACGUUGAAUUGCUUCGCCGGGACUUCCACAGGACAGAGUGCCUUGAGUGGGCCAAGGAGUACGGACCUGUCAUCAGGCUCAAGAUAAAUCUCCUGGACGUCGUCAUUCUCAAUGACUACGACAAUAUCAAGAAAUUCUGCAAUACAAAGGAAAUCCUUUGGCGAUCACACAGUUUUGUUGGUUGUCGUGACAACUACAGAGGUGUAGGUCAGUUAAACGGCGAAGCUUGGACAGCAAACAGGCGAUACUGUUUAUCUAUGUUGCGCGACUUGGGCUUCGCUAAGACUGCCAUGGAGGGUCACAUGAUGGAGGAGUUUCGCCGUGUCGCUGAGAGCAUCGGCGAAACUAACGGGAAGCCUGUUAACCUAAACGGCUACGUAAUGCCGUGCACAUUCAACAACCUCGUAUCUUUCUUCUACGGUGACCUGUUUACCCACGACCAUCCGACACGCUCGAAGCUCCACCGCUUAAUGCAGCGAGUCGGGCUCACCCUGUUCUCGGACUGCGGGUCACCAAUUCCUGCCAAGGAGUCUACGGCGUCUGCUGGCGUGGAUUCCUUUCACCAGAGAUUAUCGCGUCGCACAAGUAAAGUGGGGAACAGAUUGAAGUAUACAAGGCGGCUAAACGUGGCGGUGAAAGCAAGUGAUUUUAUUAACGGGUAUAUCAAAAAGAUAGAAGAAAGCAGAGAUCAACCUAAUCCAUUAUUCACAGACGGCUACCUUGUCGGAAAUGUCAACUCGUUCCUCAUGGCCGGCACCUUCAGCGCUACCAUGGCAAUGACGUGGCAGAUGAUUAACUUUGCAAAAAACAUAGACACAGUGCAAGCGCGGGUGCAACGUGAAAUCGACGAGGUAAUAGGACAAGAACGCAUGCCUACAUGGGAGGACCGGAAGAAGAUGCCGUACACGCUGGCCUGCGUGUGGGAAAAUGAACGGUGGAAGACUGGGGCCCCGCUCGGAGUAGCGAGAGAGUGUGCAGAGGAUGUCGUUGUUGGUGACUACUUCAUACCCAAGGCCACAAUUGUCCUUCCGAACAUUUGGGCAGUUCACAAUGACCCUUCCCUUUGGAAAGACCCUGCGAAAUUCAAACCUGAACGCUACCUUAGUGAAGGCGCAGAAACGCGUUUUCACAAGCCUGAAAAUCUUAUACCAUUUUCUAUAGGUCAACGAGCUUGCGCAGGGGAGACGUUUGCCAGAAUGGAGAUAUUCCUUUUCAUCACAUUCCUGCUUCAGAGAUAUGACGUCGUGGCGGAGCCCCCAAUAGAAUUCGACUUGGACUCUCCUGAGAUUACCCUCUCCGACAUCAGCCACAUCAAGCUGCGCUUUUUACGAAGGGACAUUGGCAAAAUUUAGCGAUAUUAUAUACGUAAUAUACAUGCGGAUGUUCAUUCAAGACAUAAACAACGAGUACUGAAGCGUGCAUAGCAAAAACGUCCAUGUACGGAACAUAUCUCGUUGCCAUUUAAUUAGCCGUAAUGUCCGAGCCCUACGGAAUGAUAUUUAUAUUUUUAUCGCUCGUUUACCUGUGCCUCAUAAUCAUGUAUAAGCGAUCGCAACGUACGAAGACCAACUCAAUCCAAAGAAGACCAGCCUUCAGGAUGACGCGCAGGAAUCUUAAGCCGAACGCUUUUCAUG